UCCGCUGAUUCGGGAGUGACAGAAAAUUCCAGCUCGUUUCUGGUUGUUCCCCGACACUGCAGGACGCUUGCUCACAGCGGGGUGAUGGUAAAGACAUAUCUGUAGACUGCGUAACUGCGUGAGUAUGAUCUGCUGUUCGCGCUGCCAGCUGAUUGUGUAAAGCUGCAGCUCAGGAGUUCCCUGGACAGGCUUCCCUGGGGGAACCAUGCAGCCAAAACGCAAACCAUGGGCUUUCUUCACAUUGAUCACUGGAGUACUCUCAGUGCUGCCUCCCCUGGCGAUGUCAUCGAAGGACAUGUGCAGAUAUCUGUACCCCCUGGAAAGUGAGCUGAGAUACAGUAGCAGGCUCCAGUUCACAAAACACAAUUUUCCCAUCAAUUAUACCAUCCUUGUCCAUCACGAGGAGGUCUUGAGAGUAUCCAACAUCACCAGAUUGUCUGCAUCACUGAAGAGCAGAGGGGAGGAAGACAUUGCGGGCAGCCUCCAGAGAAUAUGGCUGUACAUCAACAAAGAGGUUGUGAAGAAGAUCCGCAUGGUGCUUCCAGAGCAGCACCCCUCCCGGCGCUACAUCUCAGACCUUGAAGGCCUGUUGAAAUUAAUUGAAAUGCAUUUCCCUCAGUCUGAGGAAUGGGAAUUUCCUGAACUUCUCCAGGAGGUCUAUGAUGCGCUGAUGAAUCGAGAGCCAGCGCUGUGGAAGAAGGUGAAGCCGAAAGCGCUCCUUGAUAACUGCUGCAAGACCAUGAAGCUGCUCUUUGAGUGUGACUGGAAUGGAAGAAGACAGACGUCUGCCCACUGAAGACAGAAUGCUUUUACUAUCCUGUAUUUAUGUGUCUCUGCCAGAAACCAAGCCGCUAAAAACCACCACUGCUAAGCUUUAGUUUUGGGUUAUUUUCAGUUUUUUAGAUUAAUUAACCCUGCUUUGCAUUAUUAUAUUGUAAUACUAUUAUUAGUGUUUAUGUAUAUCAUAUUGUAUAUUUCUGGCAAAAUGAGAGCUGCAUCCAAAAUGUUUUUUUGUUUGUUUUAAAAACACCAGCAGGUACACAUGUAAAUAGUGUAUGCUUUAUACAUAUCAUUCCUUAUGUUAAAAUCCCGUACUCUACAAUUAUGAUGCUGCAUUGUACAGCGUUUCAUGAUUGUGUAAAUACCAAAAUACAAAUAUAUUCCGCAUUGAAAUGCAACUGAAUUGUGGAGCAUGAGAACUAAAGACUGGCAGCAUUGAAACAUGUUUGUUUUUUACAUGGUUAGACUCUAGAGAUAUGAUGCAAUUAAUGCAUUUUAUUUUGUUUUGGUCAAUAAUGAAUACCUGUACAAGCAACAGGAGGCAGUGUGGUCCAGUGGUUAAAGUCCAGAAGGUCACCAGUUCAAAUCCCACCUCUGCCACUG